ACCCUAUCUUUUCAAUCAACCUAUUCAUCGACAAAAUGCCUCCCAAAGCCGCUGAGAAGAAGCCCAGCACCGGUGGCAAGGCCCCCGCUGGCGGCAAGGCCCCCGCUGAGAAGAAGGAAGCCGGCAAGAAGACUGCCACCGCCGCUUCCGGUGAAAAGAAGAAGCGUGGAAAGACCAGAAAGGAGACCUACUCCUCCUACAUCUACAAGGUUCUCAAGCAGGUCCACCCCGACACUGGUAUCUCCACUCGCGCCAUGUCGAUUCUCAACUCGUUCGUCAACGACAUCUUUGAGCGUGUGGCUACCGAGGCCUCGAAGCUCGCUGCCUACAACAAGAAAUCUACUAUCUCGUCAAGGGAGAUCCAGACCUCUGUGAGGCUCAUUCUGCCCGGUGAAUUGGCUAAGCACGCCGUCUCGGAGGGUACGAAGGCCGUGACGAAGUACUCUUCUUCUGCUAAAUAAGCUGUUGGGGGUUUUUUCCUUUUCUUUUUUCAUUUGUGCGCAGGAUUGUUUCUUUUUUUUUUAUUGCCUCUUAUCAACCGUGAUUUUGAGGUUGGUGGGUUACAGGGUGUUCGCGGGAUUUUCUAAUGUGUCAUGGGAUGGCUUUUAUUUUAUUUCCCUUUGGGCCAAAUGUUUUUAUGGUUUUAUUCGAGACGUGAACGCGGUGUAACAUAACACGGUUCUCUGGGGUUGUUUCGCGGCUGCAGCCGACCUCUUAGGAAUUCGAUAUCACUUUCAAAAAAAACAAAGGUUCCUUGUGCAGGU